ACAAAUAUAUGUAUGCAUAUUUUGUUUAAGUAAAUUUAUGGUAUUAUUACUGUGCGAAGUUGGUUAAUUUAUUCACUAAUUUAAAUAUUUUUAUUAAUUAGUUUCGAAUGAAUAAUUUUAUAAACUAUAUCUUAAACUACAAAAAAAGAAAAAGCAAUGGCCAGUGUUAAUGCUAGUAUUGAACAAGAAAGAAAAAAGCAUAGUCAUAGAAGAGCAACAAGUGUUAAAAGCAAUCAAGAUACAACUUUUGUACCAGUAUAUUGUCGUAGACAUAUUUCAAAGACAAAACAUACGCUUAAAGCGCAUAAGAAUCUAUCAGAUUGCAUAACUGAUAAUGAUAAUGAUAUGAAAAAUCAUGAGGAUGAAGUACUUUCGAAAAGAAAAAGUAAAAUAUAUGAACAUGAAAGAAGUAAAAAAUUAACCGAAGAGAAUAAUUCUCAGAAAACAUCGUUUGACAAGGAUGAUGCAGAUUCGGGUAUUAAUUUAUCAAGAUUAAAAGAUAAGUAUGUUUCAAAGGAAACAUUGAAAGUAGUUAAUGAAUACCAUAAAUUGGAAAAAUGUUACAAAAAUAUUCAAGAAGAAUGUCAAAAAUUAAAUAAUAUUUUGGAGCAAAAAGAAUUGGAAUAUAAGAAAUUAUGUUUACAUUAUGAGGCAUUGAUACAGAUGGUUCAAGAAUUAGAAGAAGCAAAAAUUAAUUUACUUAAACAAAAUAAACAACUUGAAACAGAAAAGAUUCAAUCGAAUGAGGAUAUUACGCUUUUAAAAACUAUUGUUUAUCAAUUGAAUGCUGAAUUAGAAAGAUAUCAAGACAAAUUAGGAGAUCGAAAACAUGAAAAUGUUUCUACAUCCAAUAACGGUAACAAUGAAAAGAAAUAUGAUUCAAGAAUUUGGGGAAAUAUCAAUUUUCAUGCAUUAGGUCCACUUUUAAAUGCUUAUCAAGAAAAUUUAUUAGAAAAACAAGAACUUAUAUAUAUGUAUGAACAGGAAAUGGCUGAUUUUAGUAGUAGAUGUAAACAAAUUCUUACAGAAAAUGAAAUUAUGCAUAAAGAAGUAGAAGAAUUGAAAUCAGAGUGUGACAGGUACACAAAGGAAAUACAAAAAAUGGUUGAAAAUACCGCGUUGCUAAAGAAACAGAAUGAUAUUUUAAAAAAGGAAACUUUAAAUAUAAAAAGAGAAACUAAUGAUAUUCGUUCGUCAUAUGAAUCAAAAAUAGAAGUGAUUUUAAAAUGCAAUGAAGCCCUAAAAAAGGAGCAUUCAAUAACAGUAUCAGAAUUGAGCAAUUUACGAGGGAAAUAUGAAAUUUUAAGUAAAGAAUUUGAAGAAAUGAGGAAUAAAGAACAACAAACAGUGCCUACUACUGUUCAUGUUACUGCUAUUGAAGAAUGUAAAAUAUUAUUGGAUGAGUUAAAAUAUCAAUAUGAAAAUGAAAAACGUGAUCUUUGUAAUCAUAUAAAACAUAUAGAGGAAAUUCAACCUGAAAAUGAAAAAAAACUUAUAAUGGUUAUAGCCGAAAGAAAUCAUUUGAAAGGACUUGUUAACAAUCUUGAAACAACUUUAAAACGAACUCAACGUAAAAGUGAACAAAUGCAAACUCUUGUUUAUUCGACUCGUGUUUCACGUAAUUCUUUGAAAGAGAAAUUAAGUAAAGUAACUGCUUAUUGUGAAGAAUUAUUUUCGGAAUAUGAAAGAAUUGUUUCAGAAAGAGAAAAAUUACUAUCUUUUUUACGUGAAACGGAAAAAGAAAAUGCAAAUAUGGAUCGUCUUGGUAAAAGUAUUACUAGUCGAGUGGAAGGCUUAAAAAAUCAAUUAGAAAUUGUUCGAAAAGGUACGAAACAACAGGUAGAUUCUGUAGAAAAACGUAUAAAAUUACAAGAACUUCAUGUACGUCGAAUGAAACACGAUUAUCAAUGUAAAAUACAACAUUUAAACGAUGUAAUUAAACAACAGGAAGAUAUUAUUGGCAAAUUACAAAAAGGAAAACAUUCUAGUCAAGAUACGUUAACAAGACAAGUACUUCAGGCAACAAAUGAGCCAAACAAUUAUAGUACUGGACCAAAAAAUUCGUGAAUUAAGUGCUACUCGAAACACCGUCCUCGUAUUUACCGACCGUGUCAGUCGCUUUAUUUAGCGGUGACAUCAAAUGAAGCAAAUGGCUACGAAGGCUACCGUGGACGCCACUGUAUGAACGACUGAUGGCAGUGGAGACUAAUAAUCAUAUAGUGAAAAGUUGAUGUCAUCCGUUAUAGGUAUGAUGUCAGACGCGUUCCAUUCAUUCAUAUGUAAAAUAUACCUGUUCUAGCUUUAACCUUUUUUUUUUUUUUAUAGAAUUUAAUAAUAAAUUUAAAAACAUCGAUAAUAUAUUGA